UCCCAGUUGGCCUUGCGCUCCUCCUUUUCAUCUCCUCCGAGCGCUACCUGGGAUCUUCCCAUGGCCUCCCGUUAGGUUCCGUCCCCUCCAUUCACCCUUCUUCUCUUCCUUCCUUCAGCUGUCGUGGCCGAUAAAGGAAAGAGAGGGAGGGCAGAAACAAAGAGAGCGAGGCUGUUGCCCGGUUCCAUCCAGUGAGAGGAAGAGCGAGAUGUCGCGUGUCGUGGUGCUCGUGGUGGUGGUGUUGUCGGUCCUGGGGCUGUCCGGCGUCGGCGCCGAGGAUCCGUACCUCUUCUUCACGUGGAACGUGACCUACGGCACCAUCGCUCCUCUCGGCGUUCCUCAGAAAGGUAUCCUCAUCAAUGGCCAGUUCCCCGGCCCUAACAUCAACUCCACCACCAACAACAACAUCGUCAUCAAUGUCUUCAACAACCUCGACGAACCCUUCCUCUUCUCAUGGAACGGGAUCCAGCAAAGGAAGAACUCGUGGCAGGACGGAGUGCCUGGGACCAACUGCCCGAUCCAGCCCGGCAAGAACUUCACGUACCACUUCCAGGUGAAGGACCAGAUCGGCAGCUUCUACUACUUCCCGUCCCUGGCCAUGCACAAGGCGGUCGGUGGCUUCGGUGGUCUGCGGAUCAAUAGCCGCCUUCUCAUCCCUGUGCCGUUCGACCCCCCGGCCGACGACUACACCGUCCUGGUCGGCGACUGGUACGCUAAGGACCACAAGGCCCUCGCCAAGACCCUCGACAUGGGCCGCAGCAUCGGCCUCCCCUCCGGCGUGCUCAUCAACGGAAAGAGCGGCAAGCAUGGCAGCGGCAAGGACGACAAGCCGCUGUUCGUGAUGGAGGCCGGAAAGGUCUACCGCUACCGCAUCUGCAACACCGGGAUCAAGGCCUCCAUCAACUUUCGCAUCCAGGGCCACACCAUGGAGCUGGUGGAGAUGGACGGCUCGCACACUAUGCAGAACAUGUACGACUCCCUCGACAUCCACGUCGGGCAGUGCUUCUCCGUGCUCGUCACCGCCGACCGGGCACCUAAAGACUACUACCUGGUGGCCUCCACUCGGUUCCUGAGGAAGGAGAUCACCGCCACUGCCGUCGUCCGAUACGCCGGCUCCAACACCCCCCCUUCGGCGGUCCUCCCCAAGGGACCCACGGGCUGGGGGUGGUCGCUCAACCAGUGGCGGUCUUUCCGGUGGAACCUCACGGCCAGCGCCGCCCGGCCGAACCCCCAGGGCUCCUACCACUACGGCAGCAUCAACAUCACCCGCACCAUCAAGCUCUCCAGCUCCCGCGUCGUCGAUGGUGGCAAGAUCCGGUUCACGCUCAACGGUUUGUCGCACGUCGACACCGACACCCCGCUCAAGCACGGAGAGUACUUCGGCGUUGGCGACAAGUUCUUCAAGUACAACCUCAUCGGCGACGUGCCGCCAGCUAGCAAAGCUCCCUUCACCCUGGCCCCUAACGUUAUCACGAUCGAGUUCAGGACCUACGUGGAGAUUAUCUUGGAGAACCCUGAGAGGAACCUGCAGUCCUACCACUUGGACGGCUACUCCUUCUUCCCCGUCGGGAUGGGGCCAGGGAAAUGGACGCCGGCGAGCAGGAAGGGCUACAACCUACUGGACGCAGUAAGCAGGCAUACGAUCCAGGUGUACCCGAGGUCGUGGUCGGCGAUCAUGCUGACGUUCGACAACGCCGGGAUGUGGAACCUGAGGUCGGAGCUGUGGGAGCGGCGUUACCAGGGGCAGCAGCUCUACAUCAGCGUGCAGUCGCCGGCGCGAUCACUGAGGGACGAGUACAGCCUUCCCGACACCGUCUUGCUCUGCGGAGCGGUCGCCAGCCUCCCCAAGCCGCCUCCCUACACCUGAGGAGCGCGGCUUAGGGCUGAGUUGUGCGUUGGAGCGUGGGAAGGAGAAGAGUGAGCGAGGAGAUUCACGGGAAUUAUAAGCCAAUUUGGUCCUUGGUUUGGCUGGUCGUCGACGUGCAUGUAAUUGUUCGCUCUCGAGAUAUUAAUGGGUUAUUUUUAAA